AUGUCCGAUAUAAAGAGUGUUUUAUCUUUAUUAUGUCAGCAUUUAAAUUUAUCGAUCAACGUUAUGAUGAAACCUGAGUAUUUUAGGCUAGCAAAAUUUAAUAGCAAGGCCGAAAAUGUCAUACAUUAAGGACUACCAAAUUGUAUUUUGCUUAUUUACAAUACCCAGCAAUAGAGUUUUAUGCUUUAAGCGAGAAGAGUAAAAAUAGCAGGCCAUUAUUAUUAGCAUUUGCAUGGCUUCUUGGAACACAAGAUGUUCUGAGUGUUAUCAUUCGAAUAAAUCUGUCUAAUAGUGUCCUAGGAAGAGAAUGUUUACAACUGAACAGUAUAGAAGAGAAGGAAACACAAUAUAAUAUGCCAGAAACAUUCAGUGCACAAGUAAACAAUAUAUUGUACUUAAAUGGUAAAGUAAAUUAUAACAUAAAAGAGAUAUCUGAAUUGAUUUCUCAAAAGACUAAAUUAGUAAGCAGAAUUCAUGCUACAAGUGUGAAUGUUAGUGGUCUUCCACAUUUAAGCGUAUCAGAAGCAGCACUGAUAAAACGUGUCUCAACCGCUAACAGAAAUGCACUUUCCAACGAAGACAAAAAAUAUAUAAAAGAAUUAUCCACCAUUGCUAAUUUAUUAGAUGUUCAUAUGAAAUGGUCUAAAAAGAAACAUAUAUUUUUUGAAUGGAUGGUAACGGUAGUUGAAGAACACAAUAAAUCUGAGCUUCAGUUAGAAGAUAUAGAUUGGAAUGAAGUUUCAAAGUUUAUAUCUUUAUUACAUGGUAUGACUCGAGAAAAGUUUGAAAUUUUGUCAUCUCAGAAAGAAACCAUAAAUUGUCAAGGCUAUGAAUCCAAAUGUAUUUCGCGUUUAUUAAGGAUCCAGGGUGAUAACACAGAAAUAGAAAACUGGCUUUCUGAAAUAUCUGCUGAAUUGACCAAGAAAACAGAAAGUUUAGCCAAGGAAAAGAAGAAGCUUUCUGAGAAACUAGAAGAAAUUUUGGAGUCAAUUCCUCACUGCGGCACUGGUAAAAAUGGGGUUCUUGGAGUUCCCGGUGCUCCCGGUUCGCUUGGCAGAAGACCAUCGUCAAUUCCUAUCCGUGGACCAAAUCCUAUGGGGAAAUUUCCGCCUGGUUCAAGGUCGUCGAUUUCUGGACCGGACGUAGGCCGCGGAUUGUUUGUAUUGUCUGUUUCGAGCAUGGAACCGGAACGCGAUCUAUUGUUCGCUUGCAAUGGUUUAGAAACCAAUGAUUUCGACGAUUGUUCGUCAUCGUUAACGUCGUCCAUACGCGCUCUGACGCUUUAUGCCAAGGUUCCCGCGGUUGGAGGGGAAUCGCAUUGCUCCAAUGGGAUCUUGCGAGAUCAUCGAUAUGCAGCUAUAAAUAAUAUGCAAAUUUUCUCGGGGAAAUUAGCGAGACGUACGAAACUUUUACUAAUUUCCAGAGAAUUAAUUUUUCUAAGGAAAUACUUGUGGAAUUCUAACAAUAACGCA